GUUCGGAACCAAAUUUGAAUACUCGUUCGUUACUUUACGAGGCAGGCUAAACUUUUCCUAAUAAGGAAUAUUAAGGCGCUAAAAUUAUUCCUGUCCCCAGUAGGAGUCCAGUAAGUUGCUUUAUUUUCCAAAUACAUCGGACACCGUCGACUUAAAUGCGCAGAGAUACAUUUACCCGGUUCGCCUCGACUUCGAGUUACAUCACGGCGCAACUGGAGCCGCGUAAUACCUUUUGCAGGCGCGAAGAAGUCGGUUUCACGAGCGAGCAAGAGGCAUUCCGCGUCGGUCGAAUUUUCGUCGAAAGGGUUUCCGCGUGAAAUUAACACGCCGGGGGUCCUUCUCGCGUGUCCCCGGCCCUGACUGCCAGCCGAGAAUCCAUGUCAAGGUAGUAAAAGCGACCACGAGCGCACUCGAGUGUCACCGACGCAUUCGUGCACACACCUCUACCUGUCUGUCCCUCUAUGUAUCUAGAUUACGAGCCGCCAGUUCGUGGAUUCGAAUGUCUUCUUACGACCCACUUGUCCGUACCGCCACGAGUUUCCAUGCUUUUCGUGGAACGUUUCGACGCGAAAUACGAUCCCUCGAUCGGCUUUUAACCAGGGAUUAAAAAGGUUCCGAAAAUAACUGGCUUCGCUCUGGUUAUGCAUCGGUCGAAACGGGUUCAACAUAACCUUUAUCUUUCUAAAGGUUAUUUCAAUUUGCAACCGAUUAAAAAUAAUUGUUAAUAACUGACGGCUGCGGGCAAAGAAACAAUUUUAACAAUCAUUUGUCUGCAGUUAAACUUAAAAUGUUUCGGUUAUUUGCAAUUUUCUUUGACGCCACUGUUCGGCGACCCCCUAGCGGUCACGCCCCCUACUUUCGAAGACACUGAUAAUAAUACUGUGCGCAGACCGUGUUACGUAUGGAUUUUAAUAUAACUUUGUAGGUGGAGAAAAACGUUAGAUCUGUGGGAAAGUUCAGCCGUUUUUCUCGUUCACGGUGUUGCAGCAUGAAUAAAUAAUGAGAUCAGUUAAAAAUAGUAUCCAUUAUUAUCUUGAACUGCCAUUUUGUAGCCACGAAGGUGACUUUAGAAUUAACCUUUUCGUUUUCACCGUACCCAUACGCCUACAUAUUUGGAAUUAUUAUUUGUGUCACGCGUAAACAGAGUACUUUAAUAAUAAAUAUACGAAGUCUUGUUACAAAUAUUUCAAUUUACUACAAACUUCGCGGUACCCGAGAGAUCUACAGCUUCUAAUUCGCGAUUCCCUGCAGAGAAAUCUGCUUUCUAGCCGUCUGCAGAACGUUUCGCAUUUUUUCCGCGGGAAUCCCCGGCAUUCGGCGCGCGCAGUUCGACUCGAAUCGACGUGUCGCGUACGCAAGUUUCGACCAGGCUGUUGAAAUUUCGCGGUUCGUGCUACGUGUACGGGAGAUAAAAAAAAGAAAAAGGGACGAAAUAAAAGAAAAAGUUACGCAAAACUGGGACGGAGAAGCGCGAAAGUGAAAGCAGACCGGUGACGUGUUUCGAAAUGAAAUCCCAGACGUUAAGCGAAGGCUCGAUAUCGUUAUUUCUUCGUUUCUCGACCGAUUCGUCUGUUCGUGGAACAGAAUCAUGAUUAUGGAUCGAUUUACAGAACGAUGAGUCGCGAGUCGUUUCGUGUUACACGGUUUGAUUGGAGCCGGAAUACGAUAUAUCGUUUACUUUUAUUUAUUUUUUGCUGUUCAAUACUAAAUACUUCUAAUUUUGUUGUGCAGAACGUGUGGAAAUUUAAUGACUCGAGACAUCGGUGACUUAAACUAAUCAAAAUCGGCGCGUAGCGACACGGUCGAAUUACGCGGCGCGUCUGCCGCGUUCGUUGGUUUGCCGCGUGUUUUUAAAUAUCCAGCUGCGCUCCCGGUGGAUAUUUAUGUUGCGCGCGCACUCAUUCGCGCCCGCACACCUGCUGGUAUUAGCAGCACUGCAGGUGCAUGCACCUUUGCACACGAUACCUCGAAUAACCAGCGUUCCGCGUGAUAUUUCGCGAUCUUGCAUGAUCUUGCCACACUGUGAUGGAUGACAAAUCUCUCUCUGUCCGUCACUGUCUUUGUCUUUCGCGUUUCGUCUGUCUCUGCACCGUUCGGAGUGCACUCAAUCCACGGAUACGCAUCGAGUAUUGCCCAGCACGUGAUAUCUCGUGCACAAAGUAGUAACAUUUGUUGGCGAUGAACUGAACCAAGCACGAGUAGGAAGACAUACUACAAUAUAAGCGUGACGUGUACGCUGAGGAACGGAGAAGUAAAAGUUAAACCUGGAAGACAGUGGGGGCCAGAGGGUAGAUAUGACGCACUUCGAUUUGUUGAAAGUCCUUGGAACUGGAGCUUACGGAAAGGUGUUCCUGGUGCGAAAGAGAACGGGCACCGACGCUGGUCGUCUUUACGCCAUGAAAGUCCUGAAGAAAGCGUCCAUCGUGCAAAAGAAGAAGACGACGGAGCACACGAAGACGGAGAGACAAGUUCUGGAGGCCGUUCGAGACAGUCCUUUUUUAGUAACGUUGCAUUACGCCUUUCAGACGGAUGCGAAGCUCCAUUUGAUUUUAGAUUAUGUCAGCGGCGGGGAGUUGUUUACACAUUUGUAUCAACGAGAACACUUCACCGAGGACGAAGUGCGAAUUUAUAUCGGAGAGGUUAUUUUGGCGCUAGAGCAUCUGCACAAACUCGGAAUUAUUUACAGGGACAUUAAAUUAGAAAACAUUCUGUUGGACAGAGAAGGGCAUAUCGUGUUAACAGAUUUCGGGCUGAGCAAAGAGUUUCUGCCGCACGAACGGGACAGCAACGCUCGUGCUUACUCCUUUUGCGGAACUAUCGAGUAUAUGGCACCGGAAGUGGUACGAGGGGGCUCCGCGGGCCACGAUAUUGCGGUGGACUGGUGGAGCGUGGGCGUGCUCACGUACGAGUUGCUGACUGGCGCGUCUCCUUUUACGGUCGAGGGAGAAAAGAACACCCAGCAGGAUAUCUCGCGAAGAAUACUGAAGACCGAUCCACCCAUCCCCAGCCAUCUGAGCCCCACCGUACAAGAUUUUAUCCUACGUUUGCUGGUGAAGGAUCCGCGACAGAGGCUCGGCGGAGGUCCCGAUGACGCCAGAGAGUUGAAGGAACAUUCGUUCUUUAGAAAAGCAUCGCCUCCGUUCAACUGGCAGACCCUGGAGAGACGACAGAUCCCUCCACCCUUCGUUCCACGCAUCGCCCACGAGCUGGACACCAGCAACUUCUCCGACGAGUUCACGAAAAUGAUAGCCGCGGAUAGUCCGGCGGUCGUGCCACCCAAUUACGACAAGAUCUUCAGAGGUUACUCGUACGUGGCGCCCUCUGUUCUCUUCGGGGACAACGUGGUCAGCAAGGACAUCUUCAAGGAAGCGACCAAAGCCAGCACAGAGUCCCAGCGACCGUCCGCGUCGGACGUGCUGGCCGCCAGAUUCGAGGAAUCCACCUUCUUCCAGACCUACGAGCUGGACCCGCGCGAAGAGGCGCUCGGCGACGGGAGUUUCUCGGUCUGUCGCAAAUGCAGGCAUCGGAAAACGCAGCAGGAGUUCGCUGUGAAGAUCGUCAGUCGCAGGAUCGACUGUGGACGGGAGGCCAACUUGCUGAGGACCUGCCAGGGCCAUCCGAACGUGGUGAAGCUGAUCGAGGUCCAUCAGGACAGGGCUCACACGUACCUGGUGAUGGAGCUGUUAUCCGGGGGCGAACUGUUGCGCAGGCCGCGACCCUUCACGGAGCAACAGGCCAGCAGGAUAAUGCGACACCUGGCGUCGGCUGUGCGCUUCAUGCACUCGCGAGGCGUGGUACACAGAGAUCUCAAACCCGAGAACAUAGUCUUCGCUCACGAUAGCGAGGACUCCUCGGUAAAGAUCGUAGACUUUGGUUUCGCCAGGGUGAAACGUGGCUGCGAGCCUCUGCACACGCCCUGUUUCACGCUUCCGUACGCCGCGCCGGAAGUGGUGGCCCGACAAGGCUACGACCAGAGCUGCGACCUCUGGAGCCUCGGGGCCAUCCUGUACUCCAUGCUGUCGGGGAAGCCACUGUUCAGAACAGGCUCCCCGGACCUGGCCACUAGGAUCAGAGCGGGUGAGAUCGACUUCGACAGCGAGGCGUGGAGCCACGUGUCCACCCUCGCGAAACAGGUCGCCAAGGGUCUGUUGACCGUCGACCCGACCAAAAGACUGACAGCGAACGGGUUAGCCAAUCACGCGUGGCUGGCCGAAUCCAGUACUUCCAUUGACGUGAUCACCUUGGAUGUAAACACGACCGCCAGCUUCCUCGAGAAGCCGGAAGGUUUCAGGCUGCGCGAGGUGGACGGCGCGCGGCUAGCGCAGAGGAGGAAGCUCCACAAACGGUCCACUUCCAGCUCCGUGUCCUCCUCCGCGUCCACGGCUUCCUCCAGCCCGUCUGUUCUGCUCCUGCGACCGCCCAGCGCGGCGACGAACCCCGCCACCUCAGCCUCCCCGGCCCAACCGAGCGCCUUCGAUUUCGGCGAGGACAAGGUCAACGAGUACCUCAGCUCCCUGUCGUCCUCCUCCGACUCCAACUCGCCGAGGAUCACGCAACAGGACACCCCCAAGAAACGACGCAAGCGGGACGAAGACGAGGACGAGUCCCAAUCGAAACGUCACAAGAGGAACGCGGACAGCGGAAUCCACAAGAGCAGAAUCGGUCCCGUGACCAGGUCCAGGAAGCGAAAACUGGAGGAGCAGACCGGAAACGGCGACGGCGGUUCGACGGAAUCGAGCGAGACCUCGUGCGGCGACUCCAGGGACCUCCAUCGGAAACAGAAGGCUGGGAAGCGGCCCAAACGACUCGCCACUAUCAUAGUGGAGUAAAUUAUGUUCUUUUAUUUUCUCUCUCUUUUGUCUCUUCGAAUCGGUUCGGCAGGCUCGCACCUCCUCGUGUCUCCUAUGCAUUUCACGUGAUGUUGCAACGUUGCUGCCUCCGAAGCUCGCGCGCGAGCGAAUCAUUGCGUCAUUCCUAUUUACGGAACCGCGGCCAGGGACUCCCUUUUCGAACUUCGUUUCGUUUGAUUUACGUUCGGCCAAGCACAAUCGCAGCUCGCGGUUUUGCCGCGUCGUUUUGAAACGAUUGGGGGAUCGAACUUUAGAGAAGAAUCGUUUCUCUGAGUUUUGCAUGUAUCGUGCACGAUGAUCUUUUAAGGAAACGUUAAACACUCUUGAUGGAAAUUUUUGUACGGUUUCAAAGUGCUCGCGAAGAUGAACAAGCUUGAUUCGAAGCGAUUUUGAGAAUAACGCAUGCGCAAGAAGUUAUUGGGAGAAAGUAAGUAUCUGAUCAUGAUAUGUUGGUUUGCACAAGUAUGUAUGCAAAAAAAAAAUCAGUCGUGUCUUGCUAUUUUGUACAUCAUCCAAUGAAUUAUAUCGAAAAUAUUUCGAAUAGAAUUUUUUUAAAUUAAUGGAAACAUUGAAAGCAAUCGAUAAUCUCGUUCGAUUGCGUUUCAAAAUCGUGGUCCUCCGAUCGACAUCUUUAGUGCAAUACAAAGCGUUUGAUUAAAGACGCUAAUUUUUAAGUUCGAUCCGAAAUUUUGAUAAACUCGUGCUCGAUUCGUAAUGGGUUCCUUGGACGACGCUGUUCUUUAUCGCAAUCUUUAAAUUAUUGUAGAUACGUUUAAUUUUAUGCCAUGCUUAGGGUUACGUAUUAUCGAUCGGAGCUGUGGAAAAUAGUAUUUCAAGUAGAAAAUAAGGACUACGCUGCUUCCUUACCUUAUAGAAAGUAAUUUCUAUGUUCAUCGUGAUACCCCUAUACAGCGUGAAUGGUUUAAACGAAUACAGACAAUUACUUCUGGCUGAAGAUAUUAAGUGUUGGUAUCUAAAUUAAGGUAUCUUAAUGUGUCUUGUUCAAGUGCCACCACGUUCAGUUAAGUGUCUUGUUGAAGGUACAAGGAAGUCGACGUGGAAUGAAAUAUGUUUUUCUAGACGAUCAAUCACAGAUAUUUCUUACCGUUUUUAAAGAAUCCUCGAAUUACAUAUUAUCACGAACAUUUUACAAUUAUCAUCUUAAAAUAGUAUUUAUCUGUUGUUCCACAGAAUAUUACAGCAUGGAAUAUAGAAUGAUUUUCCUAAAACUAUGUAGCUUCAUUAACACGUCAACUGCCACACCAGUUUUCCUAGCUUAACGAAUAGAAAUAUUCAAUAGUUCAGUGGAGUAUUUAUUAUUUUAUAGUAUUCUUAAUGUCAAUGACAUUAUUAAAAAAUUUACAAGUAUUAAGUACACGUAGAUUAAAAGCACCGGUCAAUAGUGACCAACGUGUGACCAUAAUCAACGUAUUAAAAAAGGGCAUAAUCGUGAAAUUUUUGGAACUGAUGAAUGAAUUCGAAUCCACAUCAACUUCCUUGCGUCUUCGUCUGUAAAAUUGAUUGUAGAACUCGGUAGUUUCAGUAUUGAUUGAUAAAAACUGAACCCCGAUCGUCGCGAAAAAGCAAAAUGCUUCACAGACAAUAUUCUGGCAAUCAAGAUGGCCGUCAAGCUUCUUUCUAUUAUUUUCUAUCGCGAGUACUAUGUUCGCUCAGCUCUCCCGCGUCGAUAUUUAGGCAUAUGUAUAUAUACACACACAUACACGCGCUGUGUUCUCAUACGAAUAUAAACGUUGUUUAGGUAAUUAUAUAGAUUAAGGUCUGGGUCAGGUCUGGGCAACUUGAAUGAAUCAUUACGCGUUACCAUCGCUCGAUUUUAGUUUCCAAGAUAUUCGCAAAAAUAUGUUGUACGUUACAUAUUGUACUUUGAAGAUUUUGGCUAAGUUUGAGGUUUAAUGUAGGCUAAUUACAGGGUAAUCUAUUAAUCUACAAGUAGUUUGAAUAUUCAAGCAUACGUAUUGGAAGCAAGUGCCGUGAUAUGCGCUCAAUUUUAUAGUAAAAGUACCCUUGCUAAUUUCGUAAAUACCUUCGCCUUAUAGAGGCCUUCGCGAUAAGUAAUUAACCGAUAAUCAAUUAGUUACGUUCGGUUAAUUAAACCGAUUCAUUGUUAUUAAAGUCGGUUAAAUUAAAUCUUUAAGUUUACAGAGUUCAAUGUAAUAGUAGCAAUUUUUGCACGAAUAUCUCUGACGCUAAAGCGACGGUAACACGUACAGAAAAAGAUUACUUCGAAUUGUUGAGGUGUUUCACGAUUAUCGAAGUCGGCGAGUUGGACCCCCAUCUAUAUAAUUACCGUUGUUUAUUACGGGGGGAACCAUCGACGUAAUCGCGGUCCGAUCUUUAGCGCGCGAUUUGUACAGUGUCCUAUUUCGCCUUGCCGCAAACCACGGGGAAGAUCGGGACCGAUCCUAAACGCGUCAGAGUCUCCAUUUUGCGUUGAUUUCUUUGUCACGUUGUCUGUGAUCAACCGUAAACGUUUGAAGCGCUUCAUCGUUUCCCCGGGCGUGUUCCUAGACGUCCCGAGUCGCCUUUUAACAACUCGCCCCUAACCUCAAUCGUUCCAUGAUAAAGGGGAAUCCCACGGUGAGCUCCGAGCUGCGCACGACGCCAUCUCGAGUGAAGACUUCCCGUGUAACUCCUUCUCCACCCUCAUCCACCUCCUCAUUCCUCUCCCCUCCCCCCCACUGCCCGAAAAUACAUAGCAAAUGUGCCUCAGAUGCUCGCCACCGAUCGGCGAGUGGAAGGAAAGACAAUUUCGAGUAGGUGUGUGCGAUUCGCACGUCCCUCGAGGAUCGAGAACGGCGAGGAAAACUUAUUUAUUUAACGGAAGAGGCGCGCGCUACGAGGAAGAGAGAAACCGAGAGAGAACCAGAAAGCGAGAGAGAGAGAACGAGAGAGCGAGAGAGAGAGAGAGAGAGAGAGAGAGACAAGGCGCGCGUCGAUUUUACAGACUAUUCGAAACGGUGGUUCUGUUCACUAGCAUAUAUCGAAUGCUAUUCUUAUACAUUGAUUUUUAGUCCUGAAUCUUUAUAAAAAUAUUAUAUAAAAAAAAAUUAUAUAUAUACACACGCGUAGGAUAUAUAUAUGUAUAUCUGUAUAUACAUAUAUACAUACUUGUACACGAUCGACACACGAAAAACAUACAUGUGUACAUUCUAGGGUGUUAGAUUAUAGGGUCGAUGAGGUCAUCAAGUACUAUAUAUGUUUCUCGAAAUUCCUUCGUUUCGUACGAAUGCGUUUACGUGGUGUGGCGGUCGGAACGAAAUUAAUUGGCCGCCCGGGGCCGCUUGAAGGCCACCCCCCACUCCUCGGCGGCUGAAUCUGCGCGCGAAACAAUAUGUCGCGCGGGAUGACACCGACCCCGAGUCCACGGAGCAGCCAAUCGAGUUCGAUUCGAUCGUGUUUGCGAACGAUGAACAAGAAUUAUAUAUAGAAUGAUUUAAUGGACGGAGCAUCGAAUCGUUGUCAGCGAAGAAAUAUAGCAGAAGAGUGUUGCGCUCAUCAGCGAAUGGUUUGCGAACGUUCAGAGUACCGAGAUUUAUUUUCGUAGAAAUUUUUAAUGCGACAGGCUUCGACUCCCCAUCCCCAUCCCCUUUCGCUAAUCUUCGAACAACUUCUAGUCCAAAACCGUUGUCCCGUGAAAGUCAGUUUGAAAAAUUUCGAUACGUCAGUCGAUUUUCGCCGCAGAGCGGAGUCGAAGCCGAACGCCGUCGAGAAGAAGUUUGCUUCUUUGGUGCGUUUUCAAUGUCUUUGUUGGACGAUUGGUUGUGUAGAGUGACUCGCGGAUUUGUUUGCAAUUCGCGGAAAGGCGAAUUGAAAACGUGGAACGAGGUCUUUUGUUACGAAAAUUGACGACGACGGUGCGCGGCGCUGGUGUCGAUCUUUCAAAAAUCUUGGAGAGAUUGAAAAAGUACUACAAAAUUUAUAUUUUUAUAAUGUCGAUAACAUUUAUCAGAAACUCAAUAAUUCUUUUAGGCCCUAAUCUUACUAACAAGAUUUCAAAAAUGUUAACGUAUUUUAGUAUAGCCUAGUAUUCGAUCAGGUUUUACAAUACAAAAUAUGUUUUAAUUGUGUAUUUCCUUCCUCUUUCUUUUUUACAUAAUAUCGGUUCUUCGUUAUUAAGAUAUAUUAUAAAUCGUAAGACACGUAGACAUCGGCUUAAGUGUCUCGAUAAAUGAGAACGAAUUCUCGUGCCCCGCGCAUCUUCGACCUCGAUCGUGACUUUAACGAUGGUUCGUACGAAAAUAUCGUACUCUACGUUUCCGAUGUAUUUUUUUUCGCGUAUUGUCGUCUGGUGUCCUCUUUUCUUUAUUUUGUAUUCGAAUUAGGACAACUAGCGACCAUUAGGGAUCGGCGAUUACUUUAACGCGUGAUAACAAGUCUGUGAGUCGCUGAGCGUCGAAUUAGCCUUUAAGGACGAAGAGAAAGGAGUCUGAAGGGUUUGUUGAUUGCUGUGAGAAGAAAGUGUGGCAUUAAUGAGGGGCGGCGAAGACUGAAAUGGUUGUACACCGACUCAGGGAACAGAGAGACGCGACCGAGAAAAUUCUUUAAAAAUCGAAUAACGAGGAUAAGCGUUCCAUGGAGACGCGUGCUUCUACCAAAGACGACCGAAGCGAUAAAAUUGCUCUGCAAAGACCAAAAAUGAUACCGCGCUUAUCUUGUCGAGAGCGUGAAACUGAAUCGUAAUUGUCGGGCGUAACAGUUUAUCGUGUAUGACGGAUGAAAGGAAACACACACAAAAAAAAAAAAAAAGAAAGAAACGAAACAAAGAAAUAUUUAAUGAAAAAAAUGAACAGAUAUAAAGAAUUAUAUAUUUAAUAUAAGACUAUAUUAGGAAAAUCAUAUUUCUUUAAUAAAAGAAUAUUUCUAUUUAGAAUCGUAAAAAAAAGUCAUUAUUCGAGUUUUUAUGAGUUGAAUCAGUUGGCCCCGGUCUGAGGAAGAACUGAUUUCUCUUUUUUUUUUCUAGAUACAUAUAUCACUGUUACGUUAUUAAGGAAAGAAGAUAAAACAACGGAUAUCCUUGGAGAAUACGUAUAUUUAUACAGGGCGUCGUAAGAGUCUAGUGCAUUCUUUUUGACGAUUUGUAAUCGAUCGAAUCAUAUCAUCGCGAUCGUCGCGGUUAAGGUUAUGUUCAUAGAUGUUAACGAAUAGCAUUUCUUUUAAGUUUGGACGGUGGUAAAGUUUCUUACGUUUAUGGUUCUGUGACCGAGAAAAGA